UCAUAGUGGUGGGACGGCCCAGCCGGGUGAGCUGUUUGGCUCAUCUCCUUCGCCGCACUCCUAUUUGUGAGUGUAAAAGCCACCACUUGGACACUUUACAUGACUGGAAAAACAAGGUAGAUUUUAGUUCGCCGCUUUCGAGGCAAAAUGUACGUUUUCGCUAACGUAAAGACGUAUUUUGAGGAAGGAGACAGAGUUGUUUUGCUGCCUUUUCUUACAGCCAGCGUAUGAGAUAUUUAAUGCGAGCGCUUAGCUAACAGGCUAACUGGAACUGUUUUCAGACACAAGCUAGUUAUGUAGCUUGCUAACAAGCUAGCGAACGUGGGUAGAAAGGUAUUGUGUCGGUUUACCUGUUAAAAUGAUGUAACCGGCUUUAGCGGCAGUACAUGACCAAACUGGCGUAGACUCAUGUGGCAUUAUUGAAUGUUUCAGAGCUCCUCUACCAGCUUGCUUUAUAAUCUCUGGCGAACCCAUAAGACUGUGGGAGAGACAAUAGUUAACUGUCUAGGCAACAGGUCUAGCUCACUCUGCUGCUUUAACACAGGUAUGUCCUUCAUAUUGUUAGUUAAUGUCCGGAUUAGAGAGACACUGUAGUUUGUGGCAAAACAACCCUUUUGGCUCAGUAAAGGUGGCGUUACACAAAGAAAACUAUAGUGGGACUGAUGAUACCCAGAUCUGAGUCCAUCCGGUUGUCCGGUAGUUUAGGAAAAGCUAUUGUCAGUUAAUCAGCAUCAUCACAACUGACGAGGAGAGGAGGUUGAUGGACAUUAAAAAUCGCCCACAUGCGUUGGAUCAGCUCCCGGACUUGUGAAAGGCAUCUGAAGCAGAAGGAGGGAGACGAAAGCUUGCAGCCCGGGGGAAGAUGGCGGAGCGCUCCCACAGGAGGUGGUGAGACCGAAACUUCGGAACUUCUUGGAUUUAUAGACUCACACCUUAUUUCAGAUCGUUGGACACAUGCAGGCCAAAAAACGAUACUUAAUUCUGUUCUCCGCCGGGGCCUGUCUCAUUCUGCUGUUUUGUUUCGGGGGUAUACAAGUUCCGCUGUCCAGGCGGGGUCCCAGCCGGCGUGAUGACGGCGGCCUCUCCGGUUAUCACCCCGGGGUGCGGUGGCGUCGCUUUCAGGGAUACCUGCAAUCUUUCAGCACCUUGGAAAAGGAUCGGAGCGAUGAUCUCAAUGAACACAUAUCUCCUAGGCAAAAGCGGGACACCAACUCAUUCCUAUACACUGGAAAGCGCUGCAGGAUGGAGUCCUGUUUUGACUUUUCCCUGUGUGAGAGAAAUGGAUUUACGGUUUAUGUGUAUCCGCAGCAGAAAGGAGAAAAGAUAUCAGAGAGCUAUCAGAAAAUUUUGACCUCUAUCGAAGGCUCCAGAUUUUACACACCAGACCCAGGUCAAGCCUGCCUGUUUGUCCUGAGUUUGGACACUCUGGAUCGGGACCAGCUUUCACCUCAAUAUGUGCACAACCUGAAGGCAAAAAUCCAAAGCCUUCCUCUUUGGAAUGAAGGCAAAAACCACAUAAUCUUCAAUUUAUAUUCCGGCACAUGGCCAGAUUACACAGAAGACCUCGGCUUUGACAUUGGCUUUGCCAUGUUGGCGAAGGCCAGCAUAAGUACGGAAAACUUCAGGCCUAAAUUUGAUGUUUCUAUUCCUCUUUUUUCAAAAGACCACCCCAGGACAGGUGGGGAAAGGGGCUAUUUGAGGCAUAAUACAAUCCCCCCUUACAGGAAGUACAUGCUUGUUUUUAAGGGGAAGAGAUACCUGACUGGAAUAGGGUCAGACACAAGGAAUGCUUUAUACCAUGUACAUAACUCACAGGAUGUGGUCCUCCUCACCACCUGUAAGCAUGGGAAGGACUGGCAGAAGCACAAGGAUGCGCGCUGUGAUCGGGAUAAUGCAGAAUAUGACAAGUAUGACUACAGAGAGAUGCUGUACAACUCCACAUUCUGCCUGGUUCCUCGGGGUCGAAGGCUGGGCUCCUUUCGUUUUUUAGAGGCGUUGCAGGCAGCUUGUGUGCCAGUGAUGCUCAGCAACGGCUGGGAGCUUCCCUUCUCAGAAAUCAUUGACUGGAACACAGCAGCUGUGAUUGGGGAUGAAAGACUACUUCUGCAGAUCCCUUCCACAGUACGCUCCAUCCACCAGGACAGGAUCCUGUCCCUGAGACAGCAGACGCAGCUCCUCUGGGAGGCUUACUUCAAUUCUGUGGAGAAGAUAGUACUGACCACACUGGAGAUAAUCCAGGACCGGGUGCUGGAGCACACCUCGAGAAGUAGCCUCAUGUGGAAUAGUCUUCCUGGUGGGCUCUUCACUCUGCCUCAGUACUCCACACACCUGGGGGACUUCCCCUUCUUCUACGCUAAGCUGGGUAUCAAGUCGUACCCGAGGUUUACAGCAAUCAUUCACGUGGUCACCCCACUGGUCUCUCUGUCCCAGCCAGUGAUGAAGCUCCUUGUGGCUGUGGCCAAAUCCCAGUACUGUGCUCAGGUGAUUGUUCUUUGGAACUGUGACAAGACUGUUCCUGCCAAGCACCGCUGGCCCACCACCUCGGUCCCUUUUAUUGUCAUAGAAGGAGAAAGCAAGGUGAUAAGCAGUCGCUUCCUUCCCUACGAUGCCAUCCCCACUGAUGCUGUGCUCAGUCUGGAUGAAGACACUGUGCUUUCCACCACAGAGGUCGACUUUGCUUUCACAGUGUGGCAGAGCUUCCCUGAACGAAUUGUCGGCUACCCGGCCCGCAGCCACUUCUGGGACAGCAGCAAGGAGCGGUGGGGUUACACCUCGAAAUGGACCAACGACUACUCCAUGGUGCUGACUGGGGCCGCCAUCUACCACAAAUAUUACCACUACUUGUACACCACCUACCUUCCAGCCAGUCUGAGGACGAUGGUCGACCACAUGUCCAACUGUGAAGACAUUCUUAUGAAUUUUCUUGUGUCGUCAGUGACUAAGCUACCACCCAUUAAGGUCACGCAAAAGAAACAAUACAAGGAAACCAUGAUGGGACAGAGCUCCAGAGCUUCCCGUUGGGCUGAUCCGGAUCAUUUCGCCCAGCGACAGACCUGCAUGAACAAGUUUGCCAACUGGUUUGGCACCAUGCCUCUGGUCCACUCUCAGAUGAGGCUGGACCCAGUCCUGUUCAAAGACCAGGUGUCGAUACUGAGGAAGAAAUACAGGGAAAUCGAGAGGCUAUAACCCUGCUGAGCCUCCCCGCGCUCUGUGAACACAAGGGAUAAGGAGCAAGAGGGGGGCUGACUUGUAGUGAAGAGCAGAUGAUGGCAUGGAUAGAUCAGUGGGGGAGCCAGGUAGAGUUGGGCUCAGGGAAAGAGGGGUGUGAAGAUAGUGGAACAAAUGUGAAGGACACCACGUUUUUCUGUCUUUUUUGUUCUCUUCCUCUGUCUCUCUUUUCAACUGCUGCCAUCUUGUGUACGGUGGUUGGACAGCUGAACUCAGACGUCUCUGUGUAUACAUCCUGACUGCUUACUAACUACACCUGAGACGUUAAAUCUGCUCAUCUUUGGUCACUGAGUUAGAAAUUACAGCUUGCUGCAUAAAUGUCCCAACACUGACAAACUCACUAAAAGGGACACUACUCUGUCUGUAGACUAUGCACAGGUUUGUGAACUUUUUUGCUGGCUGGAUAUUAAUACCUUCGAUAACACUAUUUUGGAUUGUGUUUAACUAUUUCUUAUAUUGUGUACAAAUGGCCAGCAUGACUCUCUCUCUUUCUCUGUGUGUUUACUUAAAGAAGGAUGGAUAAAGAAAAUAAUGAAAUCCUUUCAGAGCCUCAGACCUGGGUGGUGAUUGUUGAUCUGACAGUGCCUCAGCAUUUUAUCAAAAGGUGUUUGGAUCUUGGAAUACGAUAGACGACUGGGCGCAGAUUUUGCGCCUUGAUAGCGCUGUUUUUUUUUUUUUUUUAUGUCAUCAUGAUCUGUUAUUUUUCAUGUAACUUACAAUGUGUUGCAUUUUCCAGGUCAUCAGAAAGGUACGAUAGGAAUACGUUUUCAUGCAGUUGAACAAACAUGGUCUCUAUGUGCCAUUCUGAACAAUUUUGCUCUCCCAAAGCCAACAUCCACAGAUUGAUGGACCACAUGUGAAUAGAUCCCUCACAAGACCGGGAAUUGAACCCUGAUCCCCCCCGUGUCAAAGACGUGGAGUUACCCACCACGAAGGGACUCAGCCUUAGCAAUGCAGUGAGGUUGAUAAUAAUUUUUGAAAUUCUGUUUUUCCAUUUCUAAUGGCUCAAAUAACAAGCUGGACUGGGAGCUUGAAUACAUUCUACCCUGAGGAAUAUGCGUGUUACAUUGGUGAACUGAGGCUGAGCUUGCCAACAAACAAAAACUGGUCUUUCUGAAACAAAAACCCCUGUGAAAUCCAUAAUCCAGCUUUUUAAAAAAAUUUUUUUUUUUUAGUUUGGCUUAGUGAGAAAUAUUAAUUUGUUGUCAUUGUGUGAAUGUAGUAAACCCAAUUUCAUUUUGCUGAGUGACAGAUUUGGCAGUAGCUGAGGGAGACGAGCACCUGACGUGGAGUCUGCUUCGGCAGAUGAUUUCCCAUCGUUUUGUAAAUAAAUAUGGCUUUACAGGAACUCUCAAUAUUUCUGAUAAGGUCGAUGAAGAAUUUCUCAGUUUUAGGGAACAUGAUAGGCCAGCUGCAUUUGGGUCACAGUACACAAGCAGUCUGUUGGACCUAAAAUUAUCCCCGUUUUCUCCCCAUCUGCCAAGCGUCAGAGGGACAUGAACCUGGGUUUUCAUGCUGCUGGUUUAUUAGGCUAACUCGCUUAGAAUUAUUCGAUUCAAUUAACAAUCUAGUUCGGUGAUUUUGCUUUGAUAUGUCAUAUCAUUUUAUCUAGGACCUUGAGUGGGUUUUUAUUUACCUCAUCGACAAGCUGUUGAAGUUUAAAAAGAAGAAGCUAAUCAUGUGAAGCCAGCGACUCUUCCACUGACGUCCACCAACACGGCUGCUCCAACUCCUCCCAUGUUAGUUUUCUCAAGAUGAAAGAAAUGAUUGUUUUUGGUGAGCUCAUUCACCGACCCCUUUUAUGUGCCAAUAGAGCAUCUAUUUAUAUUUCCUCAUCUGCAAGUGGGAAUGCCCCACAUUCCCUUCUUGACUGCGUAUUCUCCGACUGGAAUGUGAGCGAAAACGAAGGAAAAGAGUUUUAAUGCGUAAGCUCCACAGAUAAGGUGUCGCUGUUCACCCCUGAGAAUGUGUUAUCAGUUUGAAAGCAGAUAAACAAUCCCAGCUGGCUAAACAUAAGGCUGUCAGGAAAGCUGAAACAGGAUUAUGUUUUAGAAAUCAACUUGGUGCAAUAUUUACUGUUUUUUUGUUUUCCCGUGCGUUAAUGUUUCCGAGCUGAUGUGCCUUCAGAGGAAAUACGCUUAAGAUUUCUUUUAUUUUCAUCAGCCUUGCACAAGAAACAUGGCCCUAUCAUCCUUUCAUAGCAGGUGUUUAAUAUGUUUUUGUUAAGCUAUAGCGCCUCCCCAAAUAAUUUGAACACUAUGAUCCUUCUGAUUUACCAUCAGGCAUUUAUCAACAUCAUUUCUGUUUUUCCUUUAAUGGGAUGUUUGUCAGGGUCUUGUAUUAGGCUGAGAGGGUUGUGUUUGUUAUAGCUGUAGUGAAUUAUACAGUUGUCCCUCACAUCUGACAGGGUCAUCUCCGCCUGCUUCUUUCACUCCCUUCCUCUCCUGCACACCUCUUUUUUUUUUUUUAGAUUCUGAUGAAACGAUGGUGAAAGAAAAUUAUGGUUUUAAUAAAUUUUCUAAAAACAAAACAAUCUAGAAAUAAAAAAUCUUUGAUAUAAACUGA